UUUUUUUUACUUGGUGUUCACCACCGCCCCCUUUGGCCAUUUUCUGGGGGUUUUUUUUUCUGCCCUGAGCCAAACCGCCCCUUUUUAUUACGUUCUUGUCUUCUUGUAUUUUUCCUUACCCUUUCUAUUAUACACACAACUAUCACUCCAACCACCGUUUCCUCCCCUCACUCCCUCGCCAUUCCCCUUUCUCUACGUGCUUCUUAUCUGUACCCUUGCCUUGUCGAUUACGAUAUUCAUUUGAUCACGGACCAGUCUGUCCGAGAGAUGAGUGCCCCGGUUGGCUCCUGUGGAGUUGGAUUCACCCAGGAGAAUUGAUUGUCUGACCGGCGGUGGAGGGAGUAUAGGAUGGGGGAAGUUCGCAGCAUGAGGACACCUCCGCUUCCAUCGCCGGCCGAGGCCCCUUCGCCUGUUGCCGCACCUCAUUCCCACCGUCGAGACUCCUGUCAAUCAACUGGCUUUCUCCCCGUUCAUAAUGCUGGAUUUUCAAUCGAUGGAGACGCAAUCACAGAGAUUAACACGUGGAAUGCUAACUCUCAUUCUUCUCCUAUGCCGCUUGAACAGACUUCGAACGCAUGCCAUAUCACAACGCCUGCGAAGAAAGACAAUCCCGAAGCGGGGAAGUACCCAGAGGACCAGGGUCGAAGUUUGCAAACCCUUAAAGAGCUCCGGAGGCAGAUGGAAGAGUUGCUCGUCUAUCAACAGAUGCAACAAUCACAGAACCAAAGCUCAUCGGCUAGUCGCGAAGCCCCGUCGUCGCAAACGGAUCCCGUCUCUUCAAACUCCCCUGGAUCGACACGAAAAAGGCCCCUCAAUGUAUCGUUUCAGAAAGUCGCCUCAUCCACAGGAGCGAUGCCUUCAGCGUCGUUCUCCGAUUCUACCGGAUCUGGCGGUACCAUUAGGGCCAUGGAUUCCACCCCCGAGAACCUCACCGGACAAACCCCGUCCUAUCCGUUUCCAAGAAUGCAAACGCAGCCUACGUCUAAGCCGUCGCAGAAUUCCACGCUCAACCGCAGCGCUUUCAAGUUGACACUGCCGUCCGAGAAGCUAAAGAUCCAUAUGGCGACAUCGCAAACCGAGGAGGAACAACAGCUGACUGGGUUAGACACACCGCUCUUGCAGAGGUUUUUUCUACCACCGCAGGCCAAGAACGUGAUCGAAGAUCCGAACUAUCCCAGUCCCAAUCUGUAUGAUCUCACCCUACAAUUGAACGCCGAUCCGGGCCUGGAUGCAUGGUGGGGAAAUGUUGUCCAUAUCUUGCAGGCGCAUUACGGGGCCGAGAGAGUGUCCCUUGCUGUACCUGGCGAUGCGACCGACCUUGAAAAUGUUCCAUGGGGCCAGAAAGCGGUUUUUGAUCAGAACAUCGAGCCGGAGUCGCAGGCACGGCAUCUGCACGAUGAAACGACUACCCCCCGCGAUGAUAAUUCGAAGGAGACGGAGGAUUUGGAGAAGAAGAAGAAGAACAAGGAAUCAUUUCUCACGGAAGCACUUGCCAAUGGAUCAAGCGCUUCGAAAUCUCCAAAGCGACCGCCCCUUUUGUCACGGCACUCCUUCGCCGGGUUUGGCAAGGAGAGAAAGAACCCCAACAUCCAGGAUUCGGACGCCCAGCGCCUGCGGAGUCUUAAGACUCCGUCCAAACCGGAGGUUAAACGCACUUCUACACUUCCUGAGAAGUCCACCGCUGCGGAAACGGAGCCGUUACCUACGCAGGACACUCCUCGACAAGCCGUCUUUCCGAUACCCAGGCCUUUAGAAGUCGAGGCAGAUCCGCUGAUCAAACGAGCUGGGGUGGUUAAGCUAUUCGGACGCACUGAACCUGUUGUGUUGACCCGGGAAUACUCUCAAGGGCUGGCAAGUGAUCAGACUCCCUGUGAAACGCCAGAAGACAAGAUCCAGGUUACGCCAACCGCCGAACCUUCGAAUAAUCAGGCGCCAUACGCCGCUCGCUCGAGAUCGACAUCUAACCCCCCUCCGCUGGGCUUACAAGCACAUCGUUCAAUGGAGUUUUUCGACGAGUACGAGCAAAUCCCUCCGUCGCCCUGGUCGCAAUCUCCAGCUCCAUCCCCGGCGCCUCGUGCUCAUGCAGAGCAGAACCCUUUCUUCGUCAGCCAUGCUGUCGACGAGGAGGCAUUUGCGAAGCAUCCUCCGCCUCAUGACUACUCCAACCUAAAGCCGUUAGAAGCCAUCGGUGUCGACUUGGCGAAGUCGGUGGUCCAUAUUCCGCUCCUGCAUGCGGGCCGCUCCAAACAAACCUCGCCAUCUACCUUACGGUUUCCCGUUGCCGUGAUUUCGAUUUUGUCUUCAAUUAUGCCCUAUCCCUCAAAUUUGAGGAAGUCCUUGGCCUAUCUCAUGCCCCACUUGACGACCUCGUUCUGUUUGGCUCAACAAUACAGUCAGCUGGAGCGUCAAGUCACCUCCCGACUAGAGAUUCCCCGCUAUGGACAUCUUCUUGGUCUCGGCGGAACAUUCUCGGAUGAGAGUAGUGAGUUGGAGCUCGUCGCUGGUCUCAGCGGCCACGUCAACUACACAAUAGCGGAUGACGGGUCUCUCUCGGCCCGCGCCAGUCUUUCGAGUCCCGAAGAAAGAGCCAAUUCAGCUAAGCUGAGCCCUUCAAUGUCUGGGCUUGGCACGCCGGGAUUUGACUUGAGCAACAUCGGAGCGGGAACAAAUAUCAAUCUUAACGAAUCACCAGGGCUGGCUGCAAGAAUCAACAACGAUGGUGUUGACAGCUACUUCCAUGUUCAGCAGUCGAAGCAGUUCCGAGAGGCGAUUCAGCAACGAAUGAGGCUGUCGAAGGUGAAGCCGAACGCUGCAACCUCAACUCCUACGUCCCCUGGAAAGAUUCUUGGGAAAGCUCCGACAGAGGAGGAGGAGCUUACCCCGCAAGACCAAAGCCCAACAAUAAUAUCACCGUCACAAGAAGUCAAGGCGCCACCUGUCAUAUCACCGACGCAAACCUCUUCCCGUCACCCGUCAACAAACUCCUUUUACGCCCAAUUGCAACGCGAGCUCCCGCGUCCGUUCACCGAUACUGUGGCACAGCUUAUGUUGAACUCAGUCCCCCUGCACCUGUUCCUCGCGAAGCCCCAGAGUGGCGAGGUGAUCUGGACAAACUCGAAAUUCGAUGCUUUCAGGAGGAGUCAACCCCAAGAGCAGAAACUGCGGGAUCCUUGGCAAAAUAUCCAUAGUAGCGAGCGGGAACAUGUCUCUCAGGAGUGGGCGAAUGCUUUGCGCACAGGGUCUCAAUUUACUGAACGAGUGCGCGUCAAGCGUUUCAAUGAUGAGUCGGCAUAUCGCUGGUUCAUCUUCCGGGCGAACCCGCUACUGUCCGCCACGGGGGAGGUGCUGUACUGGAUUGGUUCUUUUCUUGACAUCCAUGAGCAGCAUAUUGCUGAGCUGAAAGCAGCGCAGGAGAGAGAGAAGUUCGCCACCGAUGCUAAGUACAGAGCAUUUUCCAAUUCUAUCCCGCAAAUAGUUUUUGAAGCCACCGAAUACAGGGGUCUCAUCUUCGUGAACGAGCAAUGGCAUCUGUACACUGGUCAGAAGCUUGAGGACGCGCUGAACUUCGGCUUUGCAAAGCAUGUUCAUCACGAUGAUCUAGAGAAGUGUGGUCUCCUGUCUGUUUACCUCCAUGAAGCCCAGAAGAAUGGAGCCGGUCUUGACUCGGGUGAGGUAGCUACGGAAGUGGCAACAGCUAAGCCCUCUCAAGAGAAACAACUGGGCCAGGGCGUCACGCCCGCCUUGGAGGAGCUUGUCAAACGCGGUGUUGCUUCCGUCCAGAGAGACGAGAAUGGACGUGUCUUUUACUCGACAGAGCUCAGACUGCGCUCGAGAGGUGGAGACUUCCGUUGGCACCUCGUUAGGUUGGUCUGUGUCGAGACCAGUAGUUUUGGCAAUGGCGAAGCGUCGUGGUACGGCACUUGUACCGAUAUCAACGACCGCAAGAAUCUUGAGCGGGAACUCAACAAGGCCAUGCAACAAUUGAACAAUCAGAUGGAAUCAAAGACUAAAUUCUUCAGCAAUAUGUCGCAUGAGAUCCGGACCCCCCUUAACGGCAUCCUCGGAACCAUCCCAUUCAUUCUCGAUACCCAGUUGGAUACCGACCAAAGGAGGAUGCUCGAUACGAUUCAGAACAGUUCGACGAAUCUUCGCGAACUGGUUGACAACAUUCUCGAUGUCUCUAGGGUGGAAGCUGGCAAAAUGUCGCUCGUUAACUCGUGGUUCCAUGUACGCUCUGUGAUCGAAGAUGUUAUCGACACCGUUUCAUCCAGAGCUAUUGAUAAGGGCCUCGAAAUCAACUAUUUGAUGGAUGUGGAUGUUCCGCCAAUGGUGAUAGGAGACAGGUUCCGAAUCCGACAGGUCCUCAUUAACCUCGUCGGAAACGCAGUCAAGUUCACUGCGCAAGGGGAGAUCCACAUAUGCUGCUCCAUUUACCACGAUUCUUCGGCAAUCAUGAAGAAAUCAGAGCUCCUGCUGAACUUCGAUGUCGUGGAUACCGGUAAAGGCUUCAGCGCAAGGGAUGCUGAACGCUUGAUGCAACGAUUCAGUCAACUUGGACAGAAUGGAUCACAGCAGCAUGCAGGUAGUGGUCUCGGGCUUUUCUUGUCUAAGCAACUGGUUGAAAUGCAUGGCGGCAAAUUAACUCCGAGCAGCAAGGAAGGCCAAGGUGCAAAGUUCUCGUUCCAUGUUAAAGUCGACGCCCCUCCGCCACCAACUCCUGACGAGUCCCGGGCCAUUCGGCAGUCACAGGGUGCCUCUGAGGCGCUUGGAGCGCAACCGAAAAUUGCAUCAUUACACAAGUACCUUUUCUCGAAAGAUCCGCUUAGCAAUAAGGGCCUGGAUCAAUCUGAACUAUCGUCGGCCCUUGAAUCGUCUCUCGCGAAAGCCCAUACCAACGCUGAUUCCUCCUUGCGUUUCCCGACGAACAACCUCUCUGAGCGAUCCCCACUUUCCUCUGCCCUUCCAACUCCCGAUCUCAGUACGGUGGACCCUCUCGCCAGAAUCGACAGCUCUGCUCCGGGCGAAGGAGACACCGUGACCCCCGUAGGCGGGGAUAGUCCGCCUCCAGUAACUGAGUCGUCUUCGCAGCCGCCAGUAACCCCUGCUCCAAGCAAGCCAGCAGCGUUGGAUGGUGCAACCGAUGCGAAGCAAUUACCAAGCUCGUUCUCUAUCCUGAUUCUGUGCCCCAUGGAUAACACCCGCAAAGCCAUCAAGCAACACAUUGAGCAGGUGGUGCCCCUCGAGGUUCCGUUCUCUAUUACCUCUACUCCCGAUGUUGAAGACUGGAGAGACCACGUGAGUGAUGAUUCUGUUUCGAAGCUCACUCAUUUGGUACUCAAUCUGCCGAGUGUGGACGAUGUUUCAGAUGUGAUUCAAUAUGUCUCAGAGUGUGAUCCAGCCACUGCCCCGACUCUCGUCAUCAUAUCCGAUCUCUAUCAGAAGCGACAUGUCAAUUCAAAGAUCAAGGAUUUGGCCGCCACCGGAAGGCGUGUAUAUACGGUGCCAAAGCCGGUCAAGCCCUCUGCCUUUUCUGCCAUCUUCGACCCUGACAACCGACGUGACCUGAGCAAGGAUAGAAACCAAGACAUGGCGAGGGAGAUCAACAAUAACUUCAAGACCAUGUCCAAGAUGGUCAAGGAGGUGAUUGGGAACAAAGGUUAUCGGAUAUUACUCGUCGAAGAUGACGAGACGAAUCGCAUGGUGAUGUUGAAGUACCUUGAUAAGAUAAAAGUCAUGGCGGAAACGGCCACGAAUGGCCAAGAGUGCACAGAGAUGGUCUUCUCAAAGGAGCCGGGAUACUACUCCCUCAUCAUAUGUGAUAUCCAAAUGCCCGUUAAGAAUGGCUAUGAUACGUGCCGCGAGAUUCGUGGUUGGGAGUUGAAGAAUCACUAUCCUCAAAUCCCGAUCAUGGCGCUCUCAGCCAACGCAAUGACGGAUCAAAUCGAGGACGCCGCGCGCGCCGGUUUCAACGAUUAUGUCACCAAACCCAUCAAGCACAACGAAUUGGGCAAAAUGAUGAUGGGACUCCUGGAUCCCAAUCGACCUUUGCUUCUCCUUCGCGACCGCCUCCGGGCCGACAGUGAGGAUCACCACCGCGAAUAAUCAGGCAAUGCAUCUGCUUCUUUUUUUUCCGUGGAUACUCAUUAAACGGCCAACGGGCGUUCUUCGGGUUCUUCCUACUAUAACCUCCG